UACAUGUGUCGUACAUAUAGAUAUUUAAAAUGACUUCACGCGAAAGAUUUUACGAAUGUUUUUAUAAAAUAGUCAAUGAAAAAAAUAAUAAUUCAGUUUAUUUAUCGGCAGUUAAGUAUAAUGAAAUAGUUUCGGAAAUUAAAAAUGUGAGAUCAAGUGGAAUAAAAAGUAACAAGGCAUAUCGAAUUUUGAAAAGGUACGACCUCAUUACUAUUGGAGAAGAAAAUAAAUUAAUAUUGCCGUUGUUGGAAGGUAAUACAAACAUUUUGUACUAUAUUACUGAUGAAAAUAUCUAUGAUGUGCUACAUGAUGUACAUUUAAGUAUUGGACAUGGUGGAAAACACCGCAUGAAUGCUGAAGUUAAAAAAAAGUAUAAAAAUAUAACACAAGAAGCAGUACCGUCAAUCAGGGUGACUUGGAACGAUUUUGACCUUUUAACUACUUCACCUCCCAGUUACAAGUCACCCGGUUUGACGGUAUCUAUUUACUUAAAAUUUUGCGAAUCAUGUCAAUCAAAACAAAAAUCUAAAAGUAAGGGUCUAGUGAUUAAACCAAUGGUGUUUUCGGAAAUGAAUAGUAGGUGCCAAGUGGACUUGAUUGAUAUGGAAUCGCAGGGGGAUGGAGAGUUCCGGUUUAUUAUGGUAUAUCAGGAUCACCUUACUAAAUUUGUUCAAUUAAGACCCUUAAAAACAAAGAGAGCAGAAGAAGUUGCAAAACAUCUUAUUGACAUAUUUUGUAUUUUCGGAGCUCCGAUGAUAUUACAAUCUGACAAUGGCCGUGAGUUUGUAAAUAAAAUAAUAGAAGACUUAAAAGAAAUGUGGGACACACUGAAAAUCGUUCAUGGAAAACCACGCCACAGUCAGUCACAAGGGAGUGUCGAGAGAGUAAACCAAGACAUACAAAAUAUGUUGAUAACAUGGAUGAAGACAAAUAACUGUAAAUCAUGGUCGGAGGGACUUCGAUUUGUACAGCUAAUGAAAAAUAGGGCCUAUCACGACGGCAUUAAAAGAUCACCAUACAUGGCCAUGUUUGGCACUGAUGUGAAAAUUGGUUUGUCAUCAUCUUUACUACCAGCUGAAGCAGUGGAAAAAUUAACCACUGAACAAGAAUUGGAAGAAAUAUUGCAAAGUGUCGUAACAGACUAUGAACAAAAAGACGAUCAUAAUGUUUCCGAUAAAGAGAGACCCUAG